AGGGGGGUAAAAACAUUAUUAUUGAUUUCAGUUUGGGGUAAAAAAAAAAAUCACGCAGGGACGGACGGACGUGAAGCAAAAAGCGACAAAACCCUCUCUAAAUCAGAAAUAUCUCCGGAAUCUUCACCAUAGAGUCCAUGGCCACCGUCUCCGCUUCCCCUUGGCCAGCGGACUCGACUCCCACCACUUCAGAUGCUUCUUUCUCCCCCUUGCCUCUGCCCUCUGAGGAUUCCAAUCCCACUUCACCACCUUCUUCCUUGCUCCACCUCUCCUUUAACCAGGACCACGGUUGCUUCGCCGUCGGCACCGAUUCCGGCUUCCGUGUCUUCAAUUGUGAUCCCUUCACCGAGAUUUUCCGGCGUGAUUUUGAUGAUCGUGGCGGUGGUGGUGUUUCCGUUGUGGAGAUGCUUUUCAGAAGCAACAUAUUGGCUUUGGUUGGUGGUCCUUAUCCUCCAAAUAAGGUCAUGAUUUGGGAUGAUGACCUCAACCGAUGCAUCGGAGAACUCUCUUUCAGGUCUCAUGUUCGUUCUGUUCGCCUUCGGAGGGAUCGGCUUGUUGUCGUUCUCGACCUCAAGGUUUUUGUCUACAACUUCGCCGACCUCAAGCUGUUGCACCAGAUCGAAACCGUUGCAAACCCCAAGGGUCUCUGCUCUGUUUCUCAGGGAGCUGCUUCAAUGCUCUUGGUUUGCCUAGGUUUGCAAAAGGGCCAAGUUCGCCUCGAGCAUUACUCGCCUUAUAAGACGACUAAGUUCAUCAUGGCUCAUGACUCCAGCAUUGCUUGCUUUGCCCUCACUCAGGACGGCCACUUUUUGGCUACCGCUAGUUCCAAGGGUACUCUCCUUCGGGUCUUCAAUACUGCUGAUGCCACCUUGUUGCAAGAGGUUAGAAGAGGUGUAGAUAGAGCUGACAUUUAUAGUUUGGCCUUCUCGUCAAAUGCCCAAUGGUUAGCUGUCUCAAGUGACAAAGGAACUGUUCAUGUUUUCGGUCUGAAAACCAACUCCGGAUCUCAAGUGAAGGACACAUCCCGAAUGGCACCUGAUGCAACUCACUCUGCUUGGGCACCGUCAACAUCUCUAUCAUUACUCAGAGGUGUGUUGCCAAAGUAUUUCAGCUCGGAGUGGUCAGUUGCUCAGUUCCGGUUGGUUGAAGGAACUCAAUACGUAGUGGCAUUCGGACACGAGAAGAACACUGUGGUGAUUAUUGGGAUGGAUGGGAGCUUCUACAAAUGCAAGUAUGAUCCAGUGGACGGUGGAGAGAUGUAUCAGCUAGAGCAUCACAACUGUGUGAAGCCGGCUUCUGUUUUCUGAAAGACAUGAUCAUUCUUGUUGUGUCUCUCAGGUUAACGUAUGUGGUUGCCGGUUUAGGUAUGGAAUGGUUAAAUCUCGAAGCAGCAAGAGGGUAGAUGUAUGUAUGUAAAUGGUCAACCACUAAUCACACUUAUUGAUUAAAAUUAAAUUAACUUUAGAUCUCAACCA